CAGUCCGGCCAUGGCUAUGGUGGUGAGUGCGUGGAGGGACCCGCAGGAGGAAUCGGUACCAGAAGGGUCUCUGGAUGAUCCGACCGGACCGCGGAGAGACCCCCACAACAACAACAACAACCGGCUGAGCGCAGCCUCUCCAAACACUGCAGAGUCAUCCGCGGACGAUAAAGGACAGACAUCGUCUCAGAGUCAGCAGCAGCACAUCGAAUGUGUGGUGUGCGGGGAUAAAUCCAGCGGAAAACAUUACGGCCAGUUCACGUGCGAGGGCUGCAAAAGUUUCUUCAAGCGAAGCGUUCGGCGGAACUUAACGUACACGUGCCGCGCCAACAGAACCUGCCCGGUGGAUCAGCACCACAGGAACCAGUGCCAGUACUGCCGACUGAAGAAAUGCCUGAAAGUGGGAAUGAGACGAGAAGCGGUUCAGCGUGGACGAAUGGCCCCGAACCAGCCGAACCCGGGCCAUUACAUGCUGACCAACGGAGACCCGCUGAACGGCCAAUGUUACCUGUCCGGAUACAUCUCUCUCCUGCUCCGGGCCGAGUCGUAUCCCGCCUCCCGAUACGGGAACCAGUGCAUGCAGGCGGGUAACAUCAUGAGCAUCGAGAACAUCUGCGAGCUGGCGGCCCGUCUGCUCUUCAGCGCGGUGGAAUGGGCCAAGAACAUUCCUUUCUUUCCCGAUCUCCAGAUAACGGAUCAAGUGUCUCUGCUCAGACUCACCUGGAGCGAGCUUUUCGUCCUGAACGCGGCCCAGUGCUCCAUGCCCAUCCACGUGGCCCCUCUCCUCGCCGCCGCCGGACUCCACGCGUCGCCGAUGUCCGCCGACCGGGUCGUGGCUUUUAUGGAUCAUAUCCGUUUCUUCCAGGAACAGGUGGAGAAACUCAAGGCCCUACAGGUGGAUUCUGCCGAAUACAGCUGCGCCAAAGCAAUAGUGCUGUUCACAUCAGACGCAUGCGGUCUCUCAGACGUGCCGCACAUUGAAGGCCUGCAGGAGAAAUCUCAGUGCGCACUGGAGGAGUAUGUGAGGAGUCAGUACCCGAAUCAACCCAUGCGCUUCGGCAAGCUUCUGUUGAGACUCCCUGCGCUUCGGAUGGUCUCCUCCUCCGUCAUUGAACAGCUUUUCUUCGUUCGUCUGGUGGGUAAAACGCCGAUUGAAACUCUUAUUAGGGACAUGCUGUUAUCUGGGAGCAGUUUCAACUGGCCCUACAUGUCCAUUCAGUGACUCUACUGAGGAUGAGGAGGGACAUGCGAUGAACAUAUGAAGAGCAGACAAAACUGAAGAGCACUGAAAGACGAAACUCAUCUCUUACUGUCAGUUUAUAUAGAAAUGAUAUUUGUUUUGUGGAAAUGUGAAGCUUAAGAUAUUCUCUCUCUCUCUCUCUCUCUCUCUCUCUCUCUCUCUCGCUCUCUUAACAGUCAAUCAUGUUUCAUACAUUCUCGAAAAAAAUAUUUGCUUUAACAGUGUUAUUGUCCAUUUACACAAUUCGUAUCAAAUGCCAUCAAAAUAACUCAAAUAAAUCUCUAUUGGUGGUUCCCUAUUUUUAAAACGUAACACCAAAACGUUAAUUGUAGCUGAGGAAGACAAUGGAUUUAUCAAAUAUUUAUUUCACUGUAUUUAUUUCCCUGCUUUUAAACCUCCUGUGAUCUAAACAAUCAACUCCAGCACUUAUUCCAAUGCUUUUCUGAGGUUAAAAAAAUCUUAAUCAUUUUUUUUCUCUUACACGUGACUAAAACCUUUUAAUUUGGAGAUGGUUAUUUGACUGUUCGAUUUGAUGUUCAGUGCAACAUUUGAUUAAACAAUUUCCAUUCAUCA